AUGAUGUUCGAAUUCUACGUAUUCCAAGCAGGUGGUCUCGUUCUUUGGCCUAUUGACUGCGACCCAACCAAAAAAACAAUCACUGUCGUUAACGAAUAUAUUCAAAAGCAGCUUCUUGAAGGCAAAUUGAACGAAGAUGUAUAUGUCAAGGAUAAAAUGGCAUGCCUUGUCACCCAAGACCCUGCAUUCAACAUUUUUGUUGCAGUGACACUCCAUCAACAGGUUGCUCAGCAAAUUAAUUACUUAUCCAAAUUAUUAGAAGACGUUUGUGCCAAGUUCACACAUCAAUAUCAACAGAUUCUCAAGCGUUCAGAUGUUAUGCUUACACCUAACCUCUUUGAUCGCUUUACUGUCGAUGAUGUCGUUGACAAAUACAGAGGUACAGUUGGCAUUCAAAUUAACCAGCCAAAAAUCACCAUCGCAGAUCUCGAUGAUGACAGUUAUGAAGAACCGAACAAGAAGGCCCAAAGAUCUAAGUCUGAGCCUGGCCGCAAGAAAUCUCCUUCGAAAGAGCGUAUUCGCUACACAUCAAAGUCCAAAGAAAACAUCGAAGAGCAGUCAACAGUUGUUGGCCUCGAAGAAGUCGGCAAAGUCGAAAGAAUCGAAGUUAAACAGUACAAUAUGGAUGAUUUCACCGGAGUCUUCCAAGCCAACCCCAAUGCCAACAAGUCAUUCUUCAGUGGCAUCCUUUCAGGCAUCGUUGGCGAGAAGAGCUUAGACAUUAAGACUCUUGAACCAUUCCUUAAAGAAUUUGAGUCCCAUCUUAUCUCAAAGAACGUUGCAUCAGCUAUCGCUCAUGAACUUACAACAGCCGUCGGUCAGAAACUCGAUGGAACAAAGUGUGGAACGUUCCAAUCAGUUAAAACCGUCGUCAUGGCCACACUUCGUGAACAGAUCGAACGUAUUCUUACUCCUCAUCGCAGUAUCGAUAUUAUUCGUGAUAUUCAGCUCGCUAGAAAGCAAGGAAAACCUUAUGUCUUCUCAUUUAUCGGCGUUAACGGCGUCGGUAAGUCUACAACACUCGCUAAAGUCGCCUACCUCAUGAAAUCCCACGAUUUCAAAGUUUUGAUCGUCGGAUGCGAUACAUUUAGAUCCGGUGCUGUCAAACAGCUCGCAGAACACGCCGAGAGACUCGGAAUCGAGCUCUUCCAGCGUGGCAAUGAUAGAAGAGACCCAGUUCCUGUCGCAAAAGACGCUAUUCAAUACGCUAUAGAUAAAAAGAUCGAUGUCGUACUUGUAGAUACAGCAGGCCGUAUGCAAAACUCUGAAGGCCUUAUGAAGCAAAUCGCUCGUCUUAUCAACGAAGUUAAACCAGAUUUGUCACUUUUCGUUGCAGAAGCCCUUGUCGGCGGCAACGGAUCUGACCAAAUCUCAUCAUUCGAUAUGAAUCUCAAGAGAUACGCUGGCGUAAAGGACGCAAAAGGUAUUGAUGGAAUUGUUCUUACGAAAUUCGAUACAAUUGAUGAUAAGGUAGGCGCUGCUUUAACCCUUGUUUAUGAAACAGGCCAUCCUAUCAUAUAUCUUGGCGUUGGCCAAACAUACAGAGAUCUCAGAAGAAUGAAUCCAGAAUUCGUUGUCAAUACUCUGCUUUCUGGCUUCUAG